AUGUCAUCCACCGACACGUCCUACGCCUUCGUUCUCAUGACUCUCACCCGCCCCAUCGACACGACUCCCUUCCCACCGGCCAUUACCGAGCCAUGGCAAGGCCAACCAGAAGGCGUCUGGAAAUACAACCUCAGCUCGUCGGACUUUCUCAGGCUCAAGAUGUGGCGGCUUAGGGACGACAUGAGAAAGCUUGAUGUAAAGGCAGGUUCCGAAGAUGGCACGCCUAAUGGUGCGUUUCUGUCCAUUGAUCAUGGUGAGUACAAAUUGGUUGGCGGUGGUGAGCCAAUGUGGGAGUUCAACAUAGUGGUGGGGAAGGAUAGGGUAAAUGAUAAGAAUGUGAAGAGAUUGUAUUGGGUGGAGAAGGCGGCUUAUACGCAGGGGUGA